AGAGUGUAAGUGAUAGGCACAGGACGAUUGUAAUUGUUAAAGUGUGUUUAUCAUUGGUCAUUAUUACGCUGACAAUACACUGACAAUAUCACACGCAGGAUUAUUCAUGGAGAUCUCACUGAAAUAUUCACAUUGGAUAACUUUGUUAUCGUUCGUUUGCUUGUGCGUCCGUCUGAGCGUUUGCCAAGCCCCGCCAUCGCCUUCACAGAAUUCACAGAACAACUCUAACCAACCAAGUGCUUGCGGAAACUGCAGGCCGGCUUGGAUCACCCAAUUAGAUGGCUUUAAAUCUAUUAUAAUUCUGAGCAAUAGAAUGAAAAGUAUCUGUAAAUUUGCAUUAGACAAAAACGUGGUGAAUGUGUGUAGAAAUAACAACUGUAAUCACAUGGGUGGAGCAAAUUUCUGUUGCUGUCCAAUGGAAAAAUUAUCCUUAGUAAAUGAGUGCUUCAGCAAGACUACAACAACCGCCUGUGUACCAAAUGAUAUCAAACGUUGGCAAGAUGGAUUUCAACAGGCUUUCUUCGGUGGGCCUCAGAACGGUUGAUUGGUUUUAAACAUUCAUCCUGGUCACCGGAAAGCUUUACCAAACCAAACGCCCAAUGACUUCAGUGAUAAUCUCCCUUUGCAAGAUAUGCUUACAUACAAUUUUUAAUCGUCGCAAUGCCGGACAGCUCUCUCGAGAUAAAAUGAAAUAUCUUCAACGUUAAGAAACAUUAUUUUGAUUGAGCAAUGAAAGGUUGUUGGCUUCUUGCUUAUUUACACAUCAUUUACAUAUCAUUAACAUAUCAUUUGCAUAUAAUUUUACAUUGUUAACAUUUUUUACGCAUUCAUAGCGUAAAAUAAUAUUUCUUAACUUGAAUUCGUGCGACAAAAUCGUUCUGUCUUUCUAGUAAUUUGUAUUAUAUUAUUGUUGUGUAUGAUGCUUUAUGCAGGUUUUAAUGCGAAAUUACAAUGUAAUAAAUAAAACCUUUGCUUAAAUUUAUAAAA